AGGAAGUGACGCCAUGGCGCGGCGGCCGGGCGGGGCGGGCGAUGGCGGAAGCGGAGGCCAAGAUGAAGCAGUUCCAUGGCGGCGGGGGGGCCGGGCUGGACGCCGAGCGGGGCCGCUUCCCGUACUGCGUCGUGUGGACCCCGAUCCCCGUGCUGACAUGGCUCUUCCCUAUCAUCGGCCACAUGGGCAUCUGCACGUCGACCGGAGUCAUCCGGGACUUUGCGGGGCCGUACUUUGUCUCGGAAGACAACAUGGCGUUUGGGAAGCCAGUGAAGUACUGGAAGCUGGAUCCUGGCAAAGUGUACUCCUCCAAUCCCAACAUGUGGGACACGGCUGUGCACGAUGCCUCGGAGGAGUACAAGCACCGAAUGCACAACCUUUGCUGUGAUAACUGCCACUCUCACGUGGCUCUGGCCUUGAACUUGAUGAGAUACGACAACAGCACCUCCUGGAACAUGGUCAAGCUCUGCUUCUUCUCGCUCCUGUACGGGAAGUAUGUAAGCAUAGGGGGAUUUGUGAAGACCUGGCUUCCCUUUGUCCUCUUCCUGGGGGUGAUCCUGACGGUGGUUCUGACACUUCACCUGCGGUGAUGACAGCUGUGAACUCCCCGUUCUGUGGGCACACGAAGGAAGAAACUGUGACUGCUUGACCCAGCGAGGUGGAGGCAGGGGACUCUGGGAGGCGUUUUCUGGGGAAGGUGGCAACUCCACUCCAUUGUAACAGCUCAUCUUUGUUUCCUGGGACUGGCUUCUUACCCUUCUGUUUCUGUUCUGUCGAUGGUGUCUCCCAACGUCACGGGUCCCGAAGCCUCCUGAUCCCUCCCUGAAUAUGCUCCCUCUCUGCAAUUUGGUAGGUAGAAAUGCGAUCAGGAAAGGAGAGGCGUGGGCACCUUGGCGUUCUGUGCGAGGUAGAGCUGCGAGGCAAACCCUGCCUCCUGGUUCAGGAGCGCAGGCAGCCACACCUCGUAAGGUUCUCUCUGAUCACUUGGGUUCUUCCUCUUGGCAGACUUCAUCAAAUGCUUCCCGGGGUUUCCAGUCUCCGAGGGGGAGUUGUUUCCCUGUUGCACGACUCUCCUGUAGCACACGUUUCACAGUGGAGGUGCGGGGCUCCUCCUGGGGGUGCACGGUGCCGCAGCACUCGCUGCCAGUCUCCCCAGUAGUGCCAGAAAGGUGUUGACGGCGCAGCUCUCCUCUGAGGAGACACACAGAGGAACGCUCCGUGGCGGGGCAGAUUCGUCUGGUCCUGCUGGUGAGCCCAGAAAAGCAGGAAAGUAGAUCGACUGGCUUGGGUAUGGCUCGUGGCAGUCUGCACACUUUCAAUAGCAUGUCGCAGAGUUGGGAGUCUGCUGCCAAAUCCCUUUUAGCUUGUGCCAGAGAAAAUCUAGCUUCCCCGCUUCUCCCUGGGCUCUGAACGCCUAAAAUUGGCGUUACACUUCUCCCAAGCUGCUUAAGCUUUCCUUUGAUCCCCAGCACUUUGCAUGUCACAGAAAUCACGCCUGCAGAGGUGGCGGCGGCAGCAGCAGCAGGUACUUGCUCCCGGGACAGAAGGCUUUGGGGUUGCGAAAGCAUCCGUGCCUUGCAGAGCAGUGCCCGAGUCCUGAGCUUAGCGGGGCCAACGGAGAUUUAAAGAGGUGGAGGGACUGGAAGGCGGACGUGCUCUGCCGGGGCUUUGCAGCGGCCAACAGGGCGCUGCUGUCUUGUGGCUGGUGCUGGGGUGGUGGAUGGGAGGCUGUGGCGUGUUCUGAAGAGCACACCUGGGGUAAAAGCACUUGGAAUGUGAAGAAUGCUGGUCUGGCAGCGCUGGGGGUCUGAUGGCCCCUUUGAGCCCUGGACCAGGCAGAAUGGCUCCUAGAGGGGUCGGUGGUCUGUGAGUGCUGAGCAGGGAGUGCGUCUGGGUGUCAGGAAUCUGUCUGUGGAGGCUCUGGCGUGCAGAUGCUGCUUUCUGGGCUGCUCUUAGCCAGGCGGCUUUCAGGUGUCACUGAAGGGCUGCGUGCCAUUAAGCAGAUCCCCUCUGAUUGCAGAGGAAGGGUUGGCUUUUCCUCUCCUGCCUUGAAAGGCCGGCUCUUUACUCCACUACCUGAUGGAUUUCAGCCUCAAGGAGUGCUCGUGGCCAGCAAGAAAGCUCUUUUUGUCUGCGUGCCAUCCCUGUGGCUUCCUCUGAUGUGGAAGCCCUUUCAGUCACCCUGCUGGCUCUGGAGGCCGUCCUUUUUUUGCCUCCCCAUCUGCUUCCAUCCUCCUGACCCCUGUAGCUCUGUAGGAGGGCUGGGGGCUCCUCUUGGGCUUCUCGAAUUCUGCAUUUCCUCCUCGGUCACAUUUAAAUAGCCCCUUAAACCUCUUCGUUCUCCCUAGCACCCAGUUGGCUCUGUCACCUGGUGCUGGCCUGUCCGGGGUGGGAGCACCUCGGUGCCCUUCCCCACGUACCUGGAGCUGAAGCGGUUGUCGGCGUCUCCUGUGUGCAGUCAUUUAAACCUGAGUGGAGAGCAGCUGGAGGGUGCCGAGGCCGAUUAGAAAGCCGAAACCUCGAUCAAAGAGAACCUUACAAGGAAAAGAUGGAAUCUUACGGAGCUGCCCUGCCUCGCUGCGGUCGCCGCACGGCGGGGUGGCUGGCUACCGUGCCCUAGGACAAGCCAGUGGAACAGGAGAGAUCAGUCCUUUGCCCCGAUUUUUAAUUUUAGCAUGAUUCCUCAGAGUGUCCUGCCAAGGAUGCGCCAGGAGUCCCUGGCCCCAGGGCUGAAGCCAACCUGUCUUACGCAGUAGCAAUAACCUAGAGACUCUUCGGGCUGUCUCACACGUUGAUGCAGUGUUUUAUCGAUAAGCUAUACAAGCGUUGCCAAAGCCGAGGCUUCGAGGUGUCAGGGGAGGCCAGGAGCGGGGCUGCUGGCCGCGAUCCCUGCUCCUGGGACUUCAGAAAAUGCCGAGUGCCAUUCCCCACCGUGAAAAUCCUUCUUUGCUCCCUGUGCUUUUUAUUUUUUUAUUUUUUUUUAACCAGAUCUGGGUUUUGAACGGAGGCUCUUACCCUGCAAAUGAGCCCUGCAGGACCUCAGGCUGCGGAGCUGCUUCCCCUGCACCUCGACUGACAGCAGGGCAGGAUGGCUCCGCGCGUCCGGAGGGAGCACGGGCGGCUCGACAGCAGGGUCUGAAGCAGAGGUAGCACGGAGCCAGCCCCAGCAGCCUUACUGGCCUCCCAGAGCUCUCUGUGCCUGCAGGAUGGUUCCUGCAGAGAGGCUGGAUGUGGGCUGGGCAGAUUUACUGCUUCACCACGCCGCUGGGGCUGCGGGAGCGCGGAGAGACGGGCGGUGCGUGGGGAGCGGGCUGUUUCCUCUGGCUGGGAGGUGGGUGGGUGAGGAACGUGCUUUCCUUGCAGCAUCCUUCAUCUCGCUGCCAGCUCCUUCGCAGCGCCUUGCCCGUAGCCUCAUAAAGGUUCCCCCUGUCCCUUUCCUCCCCGAUGCCGCUUUUAUGGUCCCCUCCUUUCUCCUUUGCACGUGCUUGUGCUGCAGAGCUCCGUGGCUCUGCCGUGCUCUUCGGCGAGGGCCAGCCCUCCGUACCCUCUUCCUUUGUUCUCUUGAUCUCUGUGGGGCGCUGGAUUACUUUGUAAAUAUUUAAACUCUGCUUCUGUGGUUUCAUAAUCCUGACGGUAGGGGAAAUAAACUUAUUUCUGUGGA